AAGCAGCUCUGUGAUGAUGUCUAUGAUGCUGCAGCCUACACCUUCUAGUUCCCCCCUUCCACCCGCCGCCCCCCUGACACCCGCUCCCGGCUCCCUCGCUCCCCAGGGCUCCCAAUAAACCUUCUGCCUCCCCUCUCCAUCCCUCCUGCCCUUUAAUGCCUUGGCACGGGGUGCAGAGCAGGAGGACAUGCCCUGGGGUGUUGGUCUAGUCCCGUCCAGGUCGUGCGUGGUUGAUCUGAGCCGGAACCAGAGCCUGUCCCUGUGCUGGUGUGCGGGGUCCGGCGAGCCUUUCUCCUUUUAUGGGGACAUCGUCGCUUUCCCUGUGCAGGAUCCGGCCGGCGUUAUGUCAGGGCUGGGGACAGACACCUGGUGGAAAAAGACGCUUUAUCUGACCGGGGGGGCCCUGCUGGCCGCCGCUGCCUACCUCCUGCAUGAGCUGCUGGCUAUAAGAAAAGAACAGGAAAUUGAUUCCAAAGAUGCAAUCAUUCUCCAUCAAUUUUCACGGCCAAACAAUGGGGUUCCAAGUUUAUCUCCAUUCUGUCUGAAAAUGGAAACUUACUUACGAAUGGCUGACUUACCAUAUCAGAAUUACUUUGAUGGGAAGCUGUCACCUCAGGGGAAAAUGCCCUGGAUAGAAUAUAACCACAAACGAGUGUCUGGCACCGAAUUCAUUAUUGAUUUUUUGGAAGAAAAACUUGGGGUUAAUUUAAACAAAAAUCUCAAUCCUCAUGAAAGAGCUGUAUCCAGGGCUGUCACAAAAAUGGUUGAAGAGCACUUUUACUGGACUUUGGCAUAUUGCCAGUGGGUAGACAAUCUCCAUGAGACUCAGAAAAUGCUUUCUGUUACUGGACCCCUUAGUGACUUACUAAAGUGGAUUCUGUGCCACCUUACUAAAGGUAUUGUGAAACGGGAGAUGUAUGGACAAGGCAUUGGUCGUUUCUCUGAAGAGGAGAUUUACAUGCUGAUGGAGAAAGACAUGCGAUCACUAGCCGGACUUUUGGGUGAUAAAAAAUACUUCAUGGGACCAAAGUUUUCAACUUUAGAUGCAACAGUGUUUGGCCAUCUGGCUCAGGCAAUGUGGACCUUACCAGGAACAAGGCCAGAGAGGCUAAUCAAGGGUGAGCUAAUCAACCUCGCCAUGUAUUGCGAACGAAUCAGGAGGAAAUUCUGGCCAGAGUGGCAUGAUGACAACGAUAACACAUUUUAUGAAACGGACGAUAGUGGCGAGGACAGCAAAACACAAACCCCGCUGCCCGAUUUUAGCUUUUAUUCAAGGACAGGGACCUUUGAUGAUGAUGGGAACAGCAUAUCUCAAACUCCGGACACGGAUUUCACAGGACAUUCACUCUUUGACUCAGAUGUGGACAUGGAUGAGUUGAUAGAUCAUGAACAAUUAAAGUGAAGCACAUCGCCUCUUAUUUCACUGAUCUUUUAUGAUUGAGGCCUGGCUGGACAGCCAUGAGACAGGCUUCAUAGGCUAGAUAGAAUAUAUUAAUAAUCCAGGUUUUGCACAUUCCAUCGGUUGAAACAAGCCUUAUGUGAGCAAAACUGGACAGGUGCAUUUAUUAGGUUUUAAUAUUUUAUCAUUACCUGAAUUUUGUGUGUUGUGGACUACGUAGAAAUGCUUGAAUUAUAUUAGCAAUGAAAUACAAUGCCUAGAACACCAUAUUAUAUAGCCUUUUACAAUGUCCUGGAACCAGCCUGACAAGGUGUAUGAGUGCAAAUUAAUGUAUCAGAGCAGCAGAAGAUACUAUAUGUGAAAGCAUAAAUCUUUCGAAAGUAAAUGUAAAGAUUAGUAAUUGUAUUGCUUGCACUUUUGUAUGAACUGAUCGAGUGGGAGGAAGAAAAAUUUGCAGAUUUUGAAAAUGAAUAUGGUGUGUGUAAGCUAGUGAGAAAGUAAAUACACAUAUCACAUUAGUUUUUUUAUUUAAUUGUUCAUGUACGCACAUGAAAGUUAGAUGUUUUAACAUUAUUGAAAUAAUCUGCUGUUUAUGCAGUUUGUAAUAGCUUAAAAAAUUCAUAUAAUAUCACAUUUUAUUGAUAUUUGUGAAACAUUGAGGCAGUCUUUAAAAUAGGGUUACAGAAGCUGCCAUUUUCAGGGACAUAUUUAAACACCGGAUUUGAUAUGAAAUCUGUCAAGGGUUAUUCAUUAAAGUACAAAAGAUUGUGAA